AUGCCAUCACGCAUGGGACCAUCUUAUGCAGCGGAGUUUGGACUUCCCAAUCCACGGCCAACACAGAUCCAGUCGUUCAUCGAGCGAUGUUGUGACCCAAGCUUGGAGCAGAUGAAUCUGUCGCUCGCACUGGAGCUCGCUGACUAUAUCAAUACGAAGCGUGCCAACACAGCGCGCGAAGCAGCCUUCGAGAUCGUCCAGCGGGUGAAUUCACGCGUGUCACACGUCGGUAUCCUUGCCCUCGACUUGCUCGACAUUCUUGUAAAGAACUGUGGUUACCUCAUCCACCUGCAAAUUGGCACGAAGGAAUUCCUCAAUGAACUGGUGCGUCGGUUCCCUGAGCGACCACCUAUGCACCCGGGCCCUGUUAUGACGCGCAUUCUCGAGAUGAUUCAUGAAUGGCGACAGACAAUUUGCGUCACGAGCAAGCACAAGGAAGAUCUUGUGCACAUCCGCGAUAUGCACCGCCUCCUUAUGUACAAGGGAUAUCGGUUCCCUAAAAUUGAUGCGCGCUCUGCAGCUGUGCUAAGUACGAAUCAGCCGCUGCAGUCGCCCGAAGAACUUGAAGAAGAAACGCGCCUGGCGCAGAGUGCCAAACUGCAGGAGCUCAUCCGACGUGGUACACCGCGCGAUCUCCAGCAGGCGCAAGAAUUGAUGAAAAUCUUGUCGGGUGCUGACCCAGAGAGAAACAAUGUACAGACGCGCCAGAUUACGAAAGAAAUGGACAAGAUCGAGUCACGAGCGAAGCUUCUUGGCGAUAUGCUAGACCAGGCGAACCCUUCCGACAAGUUUGUCUCGGGUGACGCUUAUGACCAGGUUGCAUCGAGCCUGCGAAGUGUCCAACCGCGCCUUCAAAAAUGGAUUGAGCAAGCAGAAGAUGAUGAAGAGUCUCGUCACCUGAAUCGCUUCUUGCAGCUCAACGAUAUGAUCAAUCAGACACUUGAUCGCUAUGAUGCCGUGUCUCAUGGUCGAGAAAGUGUGACAAAGCGUGCUACAAACUCAUUGAUUUCUUUCGAUGAUGAUGCUGAAAAUGCACCGUCGUCAAGUAGCCAGGCUACUUCAGCUCCAGACUCUACGUCAGGUCCGGACUUUUCUGCAAAAAAGUCGAUCUUUGACGAGUUCGAGUCUCUGUCGUUUGGAAACACUGCUUCUACGACUCCCAACAGCUCAACGAACACCAACGACACCUUGAAAGCGAACAAUAACUCUGCAUUGUCGACGACAAACCCCGCCGCUUCUUUAUCGCAUCAGUCUUCUUCUGUUUCUUCUUCUACGCCUUCAAACAACAUAUUCGACUUGCUGGGUGACAUUGACGAGCCAUCCACUCCUGGCACAUCCGCUAUGGCUACUACGUCCGCGCCUUCCGUUCAUCCUUCCACAUCCAAAUCUCAUUUUUCACAUACAUCCAAUGCGCCUCCUGCAUCAUCAAAAGAUCCUUUUGCUGGCUUAGACCUGCUUUCAUAA